AUGUGGUCAUUGGGUGCUCUUCCUGAUGGUUUUCCCGCAGCGUACGCCGCCUACGCGGCUGGACGUAGCUAUUCGGGCUAUCCUAGCUUCGGGCUGCCAUACCCAGCAGUUGACCUGACCAACGGCCAACUCACACCGAACAACAACACACCGCUGCUCGCGCAGGCUCUCUCAGUGAUGAACAACUACCAAGCCGCCGCUGCUGGCUUUGGGCCGCCGGCCUCUCCGCACGCGGCUGGUGGCCGUGCUGGGUUCCCCGCGGCCAGCUCGCCGGGACCCGCCCUGGAUGUGUACGGGUCCGCCGCCGACAGCGUGGGCUACGUGCAGGCCGCCAGCCCCCAGCCCUCCGGAUUCCCCGCCAUCGCAGUCAGCCGCGCGCCCCUCAAUUACACCCCAGGACCCCUGAUUCCUGCGGCAUUUACCAAUGGUGGCGAGCGGCACGGCGACGCGCAGCGAGCGCUCGUGCCGACCCCCGCGAAGCAGCGCAACACUACACCCGCGCCCGCCGCACUACUGUCGCGCUGCUAUCGCGGCCGUACCGCAUCCGUGCCGCGGGCGCGCAACAUCCGUACCACGGCCGCACAACAACCGUACCGCGGCCACCCAACACCGGUACCGCGCCGCAUCCCCACCGCAGCCGCGUCGCCAAGCCGCCACGCCGCCGCGAAGCCACUGAGCGGUCGCACGCCGCAUCGGCGACGGUCGUGUACUCCGUCCGACCGCGCGGACCGAUCCGUCGACCGCGGCAUCUCAAUCUCACUGUACCCUAUCCCAGUCCACCCCACCCUUUGCUCCCUCAACCCCGAACCCACUCCACACCCGAACAGAGGA